AUGACGUUAUUCCUCUUUUCAGAUUGUUCCGAGGCCUAUUUGAUGGGAGAGCGAGUUGCCAGUGACAUCACCCCCCUUGUCAUUCAGCCCUUGACUUCCCCAUCCCCCUUCACAGUGUCGUGCUACCUCGCCUGGGGCGGCUUCACCUACAUCGAAAAACGGAUGGGAGGCGGUUGUCCCGAAGUCGACUUCAACAGGACGUGGGCGGAACUGAAACACUUUGUGGGAGAUGUGACGUGUUCGUAUUGGCUCGGCUUGGAGCACAUCCACCAGCUUACCAGCCAGAACACCUACAUGUUAGACAUGUACAUCACAGCACCCGGUGGUUUCGGGGGUCACGCCCUCUACUCGGACUUUCGCCUUGGCAGCGAAGGUCAAGGUUACAAGUUCAAAUAUAACACUUACGUUCAACAUGGAUACCCAGCCGAUGAUGGAUUUACAUAUGGAAGUAACAACGGUGUAAAUGGCUUCAACUUCUCAACUCUGGAUCGCCCUGACCCUAGUGGGUGUGUCAGCAGUGGCGCCGCCUGGUGGUAUGGUUCAGGCUGCCCGGAAGUGAACCUCCACCUGCCCAUGAAGACCGGUGGGGUCUCUGACCCAGCUACGUGGGUAGAUGAUGGAUCCCAGAUAGAAGUAACCACACUUGUGGCUCAGCUGUCUACAGUAUGGCCUUGA